UUGAUAUUUCACAUUGUCUUGUCAAUUCAAAUAACAAUCUGGUGACAAGCGAGCAAAAAUACCUUCUCUCCCUCCGUAUUCCAUCGUAGUUGUUUAAACGUCACCGAUAUAAAUUAAGUGAAAUUCAAGCAGACGCGAAAAACUAAGUUGGUAACUGAGCCAUUGAUUCGCCCAGUGCCUAUUGCGUUGUUCACCAGAGAGGGUUCAGGUCCAAGUUUUCCAUUUGCAUUAUCUUCAUCUCUCGUCCGCUUCUCUCCAAUAUCGUCCAGUUCGUUACUGCCACUCGCGAAUGGAGGCAGCGUCGAAAGCUUGGCCGGAGGUAGGCCUGAGCACUACGUCGGGCGAGCAGCUUCCCCUUGUGCAAUCCGCAGGUGAAGUGAAACCCUUGCUUCAUGCAGGCUUUUGUUCAGCUCACGGUGGCUUCCGGUUCUUCUGGUGUGCUACGUGCAGAACCUGGCUCUGCCGGGAGUGUACUGUAGUGGAUCACCCCAACGACCUGUGCGAGGUCCUUUCCUUGAAGGAGGCCGUCAGCACCUUCCAGAGAGAGGAGGAGGACGCCGUAGUUCAGCUGAAACUCCGUCGCUUGCACACGUUCUCCCUGAUCAGGAAGGGCGACGAAUUAAAAGCCGCCGUCCAGCGAAUUCUGAAGGUUCACGGAGACCUGAUGGAAGACCUUCAGAAGGAACAAGAAACACUGGAAGCUUUCCUUGAAAGAAAGGAAGAAAAGACUCCUGAUCUAGAAAGCGUCUUGCUAGGCUUGGCUGAAGAAUCUGAGGAGAGAGAGGAUUCCGAAGAAUCUGAGGAGAGCGAGGAUUCCGAAGACUCUGCAGCAGAGAACAGGAAGGACAGAGCUGCCAGGUCUCGGCAGACUUUAGAAGUUUGGUACCAGAACCAUAAGGAACGGAUGAUUCGACUGACCAAAUGCCUAGAGGCCAAACACACCAGGAAGAUGGAAAAGAUCCAUUUCUCCAUCUCGGCGCUCCAGCGGUUGAACAUCAUGGCGGCUUCAAAACCAGAAAAAAAUUCCUUGAAUUGGAAAAGGCUGACUCAGAGGAAUCUGACACUGAAAUCAUUGAGAGAGGUUUUGGCUGAAGAUCCAGACAUGUUUGAAAGAGGCUUAAUACUUCAGCUGUCCUCGGGUACAUUCUUUCUUAGAGAUGUUUGCCGAGCUUUUGGAGAGGACAACAUUAAGUGUAUAGAGCAAACAUAUAAUAAUAUCUUUAUCAUGACAGUAAAGAACACGACGGUUAGAGAUCACAUAGCUACGACAUUCAAAUCAAUCGAGUUCAGUGGUCGGAGCAAUGCAAAAACUUUGAUUCCGACAAACAGCGCAAUCUAUAACCUACACAACGUGGCUCCUACUUCAGCCUGUGUGAAGGGCAUCCUGACGGGGAUCCCAACCUUCCUGUCUUCAAGAAAUCUCGACGGGCUGCAUAGGGCAUUGUCAGACGCUUUUCCUCUCUUAGAGAAGGUCGAGUUGCUUCCCUUGGCGUGGGAGAAGGCGGACAUACAGAGCGGAAAGUUGGCCCUGACGUCUGAGACAGAGGAUCUUGAAGCCCUUGACAGCUUCUUCCAAAGUUGCGACAGGGAAGUUGACUUCAGCAAUUUUACGGGGAAAUUGACAAAUAUAAAGGCCGAGUCCCAGAUCAAGGAAGUUUUGUUGCCGGAAAAACCUUUUGAACAAGGUUUUUCAUUUAAGAGUUGGUGUUGGUAACAAAAAAUAUAUAUUGUGAACACAUUUAUAUACAUGCCUAAUUAUUGAUUUUAUAAAAUGUGUUGAUUCAAUGGGUACUUAGCACGCAUAUCAGAAGAGAAGAAAAGUUGGUGAUUUUAGUGUAAUUAUCUUUAUUACUGAUUAUUUUUAAAUAUAUUGUCUUAACCUUUCUAUAGUAAUCCUAAAUAUUUUUUUUUUUUUUCUCAGCACAAUUUACUGCAUUGUUUAAUAUUUCUAAUUUCAUGUAUUUUGCAUAUAGUUGUUCUUUGUGAAUUUCUUACAGAUCCGUGGGGGAGCAAAGGGCGAUCUGUGGGCAUUCAUCAAGUUUGGGGGAAAUUCUAUGUAAGCUACCAAGUUUGUCAAAAAUAGUUGUUAGUUCCAUAAAAAAGUAAUAAUCAUGGAAAUGAUGAGUCGGUUGGUGCUUGAGUUCACUUCAUGUUUGUCAUGAAGUGAAGGUACUCGUGAAUGGUGGUUUAGUCUCGUGGGAUCUCAGGAUCUCGUUGCAAUGUAUGGCAGUCCAAUGCUUAUUGUUGGCGAUUCAUUUGUCCAAAUUUUCGGAUGAAAUCCUGCCUAAGCAUGAAACUUGUGGACCAUGGUUAUUCCUUGUGAAGAAAUGAACUUUGGUGAUGAGCUCGCCACCUAUGCAGUUACGUAUUUGUUUGAUUGUUUUUUGGUAAAUGAAGCUCAGAGCAAGUAUGUUAAGAAGAGGUACAGAACUUUUGUACCUGAACUCGUACGUCGAGGUCCGAUAUGAUUACCGAAAAGUGUAGACAUUCUUCUAAUGCCUAAAAAAAUGUCCAUCCAAUGCCACGUCCCAGACAAAAGACUCUGUUGGUUGUAAGGUAUAGGUCGGCUUUUAAAGAGCUAGAGCCGUGCUUUUUAGCCUUUUUAGAGUCACGGACCCUUUUAGGAAUGUGGUGAAAGCUAUGACCCCCCUCCCUCAGAAAUAUUCUCUGUAAUACAACUUGGCAAUAUGUAAUAUCUAUUGGAAUUGAUAUGAGAUACACAAAGUAUUAUUAUACUUUAAGGUAAACAGUAAAACGAAAAAAACACUAAUAUAAAUUUUAGAUUUUAUCUGAACCUCACGAACCCAUUAAACCCAGGUGGACCCCUGGCGGACCCCAGGUGAAAGACCCCUUAGCUAGAGGAACUUGGAAAAUGAAUGGAAUGUCAAAAGACGUCAGCACUGGUCCAAAAGUUGCCAAGGUCAUGUGAUCGAUGUUUGGGCCGAUGUGAAUGAAAAGAAGGAUUUGAGUGUGGUUUGUAAGUUGUCAAAUGAAUAUGCAAUUCCAUGGAAUGUCUUUGUAUACAUUUAAUCAUUGUAAUGAUAAAAUAAACUUAAAGCGAGA